AUGCACUGGGGGGUUGGCUUUGCCUCGUCCCGGCCGUGCGUGGUGGACCUGAGCCGGAACCAGAGCGUCUCCUUCUUCGGCUGGUGGGCCGGGUCCGAGGACCCCUUCUCCUUUUAUGGGGACAUCAUCGCUUUCCCUUUGCAGGAUUACGGUGGGAUCAUGGCAGGGCUGGGCUCCGAUCCCUGGUGGAAGAAAACCCUUUACUUGACCGGGGGAGCUUUGCUGGCCGCAGCUGCGUAUCUGCUCCACGAACUCCUGGUCAUUAGGAAACAGCAAGAGAUCGACUCCAAAGAUGCUAUUAUUUUGCAUCAGUUUGCAAGACCUAACAAUGGUGUCCCCAGUUUAUCUCCUUUCUGUCUGAAAAUGGAAACCUAUUUAAGGAUGGCUGACUUACCCUAUCAGAACUAUUUUGGUGGAAAACUGUCUGCUCAAGGGAAAAUGCCUUGGAUCGAAUAUAACAAUGAAAAAGUUUCUGGUACAGAGUUCAUAAUUGACUUUUUGGAAGAGAAACUUGGAGUGAACUUAAACAAAAACCUCGGCCCUCAGGAAAGAGCCGUGUCCAGAGCCGUGACCAAAAUGGUGGAAGAGCAUUUCUACUGGACGUUAGCUUAUUGCCAGUGGGUGGACAAUCUCAAUGAGACCCGGAAGAUGCUAUCUCUUAGUGGUGGUGGUCCCUUCAGUAACCUGCUGAAGUGGGUCGUGUGCCACAUAACCAGAGGAAUUGUGAAGCGCGAGAUGCACGGCCACGGCAUUGGCCGCUUCUCUGAGGAAGAGAUUUACAGGCUGAUGGAGAAGGACAUGCGGUCGUUAGCGGGGCUUUUGGGUGAUAAGAAGUACAUCAUGGGACCGAAGCUCUCUACUCUUGAUGCCACUGUCUUUGGGCACUUGGCCCAGGCAAUGUGGACCUUACCAGGGACGAGACCUGAGAGGCUGAUCAAAGGUGAGCUGAUCAACCUGGCCAUGUACUGCGAGCGGAUCCGGAGGAAAUUCUGGCCAGAGUGGCAUUACGAUGACGACAACACGGUCUACGAGUCGGGGGAGAGCAGCGAGGCCUCCAAGAGCCACACGCCCCUGCUGGACUUCAGCUUUCACUCGCGGACAGAGACCUUCGAAGAUGAGGGAGCAGAGAACAGUUUUUCCCGCACCCCAGACACGGAUUUCACUGGACACUCGCUCUUUGAUUCUGACGUGGACAUGGAUGACUACACGGACCACGAACAGUGCAAGUGACCCUCUGCUGGUGGAGCCCCCGGUCCCUGGGUUGGUGCCGUUUCCCCAGGACGAGACCACUGCGCUCGGCACAGUGCUCACAUGCUAGCUGGACUGUCGCCGCCGCCUUUCUUUUCUUUCUUUGUUUUGGAAGAAUAAAUACAGAACCAUUCAGAUGGCUUCAUUUACAGUGAACCACCAGAAGCAAGCAAACAAAGAGUCAGCAUGGUUCCUGAAAAUCAUUGUUUGUUCUCAUGACGAGUCCAGAUGGACGCGGUAGAGCAGACGGGAGAGCCUGGCUGCCGAAAGGGGGUGUGAGUGCUGAUCCUCUUCCGUUGAGGCUCAGUGGCCAGCGGGCUCCUUUAACAUCCUUCAUCCACCAGGAUCCAAAGUCAUGGAGGCACCAUCAGAAAAAAGUGUAGGAGACACGUGUCUGUGGUGGCUGCUUGUACUUUAUGUGUGUACAUUGUAUGUUGAGACGGAAGUCAAAUGACACUCACAAGACAUUUAGUGAGCACCAACUAUGUGCACAGCACUGUGCGAGGUGCUCCUCAGUACAAGUUUUAUUCUAAGCUCUGCCAGUGACUAGCUGUGUGAUUUGGGGCAAGUCCCUUAACUCUUGUGUGCCUCAUUUCCCCCCACCUGUCAAGUGGGGAUGAUACUAACUCUCCACCUACCUACCUCACAGGGAUGUUGUGAGGAUUCAUGUGGGAACAUUCGUAAGGCUCUUGGAGGAGAGUUUUGACAUAAAAAUUUUUAUUCUU